AAUCCCUCAAUAUUUUCAAUCCGAAACACCUCUCUCUCACUCUUACUCUUUUUCAAUUUUGUUGUUUGUGUUGUGGCAAUUCAAAACAAUGUAUGUUGUUCCAAUUCGAUGGUGUCCUCCCACUACUUCCAACAUGGAAGUCGAUUCAUCUUCACCACAAAUAAAUGGUAUUGAUGGUGAUGCCAGCGGAUUUCAAGAAAUACAUGGUGUUCCAGUUCAAUCGUUUCCCCCAACCAAUAACAUGGAUUUCAAUUCUUCUUCACUAGAAACCAAUGGCAGUGACGUUGAUGCUAGCAGAAUUCCAGUUGUCGGUAACAUAACCUCUGAUUCUGUGAAGGGAAAAACUUGUCACCAGUGCCGACAGAAAACAAAGGAUGUUGCAGCAACCUGUAGGAAUCCGAGAAAUGGAAAGCCUUGUGUAAUUAGGUUUUGCCACAAAUGUCUUUUGAAUAGAUAUGGGGAAAUAGUAAAAGAGGUAAAUCUGAUGACAAACUGGAUAUGUCCAAGGUGCAGAGACAUUUGCAAUUGCAGUUUGUGCAUGAAAAAGAGAGGUCAACGACCUACUGGUGCUCUAGCACAUAAAGCCAAGGCCUCCGGUUUCAAGUCUGUGUCUGAAAUGCUUAUAAAGAAUGCUUCUGAAGAUUUAGAAUUGAACAAUGAUAAUAAUGCUGAUGUUGUGUCUUCAAAGGAAAAAGAGCAUGUACACCAAGAUCCAUCAGAAAAAACUCUGAAAGAAAACUCCCUAAGUAACAUGACUCAGAGUCGGAUGAAUGGUCCCGAGGCUUCGAGUGCAAAUGAUUUUUUCAUUGAUCCUGCUUCUUUGCCUUCAAAUGGAUGUUAAAGAUUGCUUCAAAGAAAUUGGCAUGGUAAGGGUAAAAGAAAUCAGUGAAGCUGUAUUUUCCAAAUAAAUGUUCCAGAGCCUCCACUCAAUUAUCUAAAAAGUGUCAUAACCACAGCCUGAAGAAAAUUGAAUCAUAAGAAGGCACAAAUGGGAGAAUAAUGUGGAAGAUUCUGAUGUGAGAAGAGGGACAAUACUGAACGAGGGAUACAAAGGAAAGGCUUGAAAUUCUUGUGCACUCUUGUUUUGCAGCAAGCAUCGUACUUUUGUAGUUCAAGUUUAAUCAUUAUUUUAGUUCCUUUAUAUUUUUUGUAUGGGUUACUCCUUUCUCGUGUUCUGAUGCAAAAAUAUCCGUAUUACAAAACAUGAGCAAUUGUGUCUUUCAUUUGACUCCUUGAAAAAUAAAUUGGUAAUAACUCUUCAUUGCUUUGCCA